GAAGAAGAAGUGAAGUUCCCAGAUAUUUGUAACCUGGAUCCAUGUGGCGUCUCGUCGCUACGGUUCUCUCUCUGUGUUCCUGAUAAAGUGUGUGUGAGCUCCAGCUUUACUGAUCCAUCAUCUGUGUGUCUGGAUAAACCUCCGAAUGGACUCUGUGCUCUUUUUUUCUGGAGCGUUUACCUCGGACUAUAGGAGCUAGCUUAGCAUGCUAGCUGGAAACACGUUAGCAACACUAGUCAGAUUGAGAGUUUGAUGGAGAGAGAAACGGUGUGUUUAACGGAGUUUGCAGGAAAAGGUGAUCUAGUAAACAUGAGUAAAGUCCAAAUGCUGCUGUCGUUGAAGCAGCGACUCACUGCUGCUGCUGAAGAUAUAUUUGCUCUGUUUGAAAAAACGAUAGGAGAGCAUGAUAAGGAGAUGUCUCUUUCCAAAGAGGAGAACGAGAGACUCCAGAAACUACUGGACGCUGUUUUACAGCCUCAGCUUCGGAUGCACAGAGCAGAUGUCCAGCUGCUGGUGGUGGUUCAAGAAGAGGUUCUCCCUGACCAGCAGGAGUUUAGCACCAGUCUGGACCAGGAGGACCCAGAGCCCCCCACACAACAGGAGGAACUUGGGAUCAAUCAGGAUGGAGAGCAGCUUCAUGAGGGAGAGGAAGCUGAUAUCACCAAGUCCACUUUCACUCCUGAUCCUGCGAAGAGUGAAGAUGAUAUAGAGAAACCUCAGUCCUCUCAGCCUCAUCAAAGAUUAACUGAACACAUGGAAACAGAAGCUGAUGGAGAUGACUGUCGAGGACCAGAACCAGCCAGGAACUCAGAUCCAGAGAGCAGUUUACAACCAAAGACUGGAGACUCUUCUGAACCUAACACUGAACACAGUGCUGAUUGGAAGGAGACCAGAGAACCUGCUUCAGGGUCAAACUCAAUGAAAAAUAGACAAGAAUCGGUCAGUGAUUCAAGCCGUAGUGCUGCAAAUAAACCAUUCAGCUGCUCAGUCUGUAAGAAAGCUUUUACAUAUAGAAGAAAUAUUCAGCGACACAUGAGAGUCCACACACGAGAGAAACCAAUCAGAAGCUCAGUCUGUAAGAAAUCUUUUUCACAGAGUGGAAGUUUAAAGGAACACACAAAAAUCCACAAAGGAGAGAAAGCCUUUAGCUGCUCAUUUUGUACCAAAACUUUUGCAUUUAGUGACAGCUUUAAAAAACACAUGAGAAUCCACACAGGAGAGAAACCAUACAGAUGCUCAGUCUGUAAGAAACCUUUUUCACAGAGUGGAAGUUUAAAGGAACACAUGAGAAUCCACACAGGAGAGAAACCAUACAGAUGCUUAGUCUGUAAGAAAGCUUUUUCACGGAAUAGAAGUUUAAAGGAACACAUGAGAGUCCACACAGGAGAGGAAAUAUACAGCUGCAAUGUUUGUGACAAAAGAUUUAAAUGGUGUAGUGAUUUAAAAAGACACAAGUGUGUUGGUCGUCAGUCCUCACAGCUUAAUGCAAUUCAAACUGAGGAUAACGGAGAGGCAGAGCCUCCAAUCAGCAGAGCUGAUCAGAGCAGCUCAGCUGAACACAUGGAAGCAGAAGCUGAUGGAGAGGACAAUGAAUAAGUCUUAUGACAGUUCACACAUGAGAAAAAUCUGUCUGACUGGAUUAACAUUGUUGCACAACAUUCAUAUAAGACUUGAAUGAACUCCAUCUUUAUUAACAUAAGUGGACAAUAUUUGUAAUGUUUUUGUCAUACUGAUUUUCAGACUUAUACUUUAACCACUGGACUGUUGAUGAACCAUUUUAUUUUGGAUUGAGGGCUCCAAGUUUCCAUAUAGAGCAGUGCUUCUCAAAGUGUUGUCCGUGAGCGCCCCUAGUGGUCCGUGAGUAUAUUGGUAAAAUGUCACAUUUGAAAUUAAUUAAUUAAUUAAAGUUUUCCGCACUCUCGCGGGAAUAUCUCCGCAAUGGAGCGAGCUUAAGUUUCACUUUCGAUUGCAUGAUACAGCCCAGAUAAACACCUUCAUCACACAUGUGGCCACUUGUUUGUACCAGUUUCAAGCGAUUUGCAGAAAA